AGCAGUGGGCGGGGCUCAGAGAUGGACGCCUGUGAGGUGGAGUUCCUGGCGGAAAAAGAGAUGGUCACCGUCAUCCCCAACUUUAGCCUGGACAAGGUCUACCUCAUCGGGGGUGAUUUGGGUCCGUUCAAUCCCGGCCUGCCUGUCCAGGUCCCUCUCUGGAUGGCCAUCAAUCUGAAGCAGAGGCAGAAAUGUCGCAUCGUCCCCCCGGAUUGGAUGGAUGUGGAAAAGCUGGAGCAGAUCCGGGACACGGAACGUCGGGAGGAGACCUUCACCCCCAUGCCAAACCCGCAUUACAUGGAGCUCACUAAAUUGCUGCUGAACCUCGCCUCAGACAACAUCCCGAAAGCUGACGAGAUCAGGACGCUUGUCAAGGACACGUGGGACACGCGAAUCGCCAAACUCCGGCUGUCCACGGACAGCUUUGUGCGGGAACAAGAAGCUCACGCUAAGCUGGACAACUUGACGCUGAUGGAGAUUAACACCAUCUCGACUUUUUUCACCGAGUCCCUCAACCACAUGUACAAACUACGGACCACCCUGCAGACCCCGGAGGAUGGACAGUCCCAGGAAUACUGACUCGCCCACCGUGGCAGACUAAU